UUUAUCGCCAGUUGAUUUCAGUUGGAAGACUCAUUACUGCUCGUUGAUAUUACUCCGCCGAACCGGAAAGGUGGGCUGUUUACGUUGGUUUGAAGUCUUGUACCGUGACUUGAGCACCUCGGAUUAGGGAAAAUCAUUGAAAAUGGAAUAUGAAAGGUGGCUUCUGGAGGACGCACUCGAUUUUGAGUUUGACGGCAGAGGAUAUCGGUAUGAACCAGAAUACACCCAAGAGGAGCUACGUGAGAUGGAGGCUAGGGCUACGGAGGCGCCUGAAGCUCCGGCUGAAGCGGUCCCCAGGAUCGCGGGAAAUUGGUGGUGUGCCUGUGGGAAGUGCAGGCAGAUGCCGACGGAGCACGAAAGUAGGUGCUGCACGGAGUGGGACCUUGUCGUCACAGCUGGUAUGGCCAACCUCAAUGUCUCGGUCGACGAGACUGUGUCGCCCUGCAUCUCUCUAAAUGAAGUGCGCCAUCUCCUAAAUAAAACCGUGCUGGAUACUUUCUUCUGGGUCCCUAAAAUUAACUGGAAGAAACGCCCCACACCCGAAGGACCGAAUGGCCAACUGUCAGAUAGUCAAUACCGACUUGUGGCUUAUCGAGUCAUUCUGGAGUGGGCCCUCAAAGGUCAACCACUGGGACGAGGAAAUCGCCUUGCAUUACCCAGUUGCGUGGUGUGGGCUGUUAGGGAUGCGUUCCCAUCCCCCACUGGACAGUAUGCUGGGUUUAAACCCUGUGAAAUAGAGGAAUUAUUCUGAAAUCAUUUUUUUUAUUCUUCUUUUUUUUAUUCUUCUUAUUCCAAUCUAUCUAUAUGUAUAUGUAUAUCCGUCAUUUCAUAUAUGAUAUAUUUAUCCACAAUGCCGUAUGUGUGUAUGUAUGUGUAUGUAUGUAUAUAUGUGUAUGUGUGUAUAUGUAUAUGCAUGUGUAUAUGUAUAUAUGUUUAUUUAUGUUUACAUUUAUUUAUUUAUAUUUAUAUUAAUCCUCUAUACAGUUCUCUACAUUUAUCUUUUAUUUUACUUGA